AUGCGUAUGAUGAGAUACGAUUAUCGCAUGACCUGGACCCCAGGAAAAGACCUUGCCAUAGCAGAUCUACUAUCAAGAAGUCCUAUUCCGGCUGACGAAGAUGGCGAAUUGACCGAAGAAGUGGAAGCCUUCGUCCACGAAAUCAGUCUGAUUAGUAUAAACACUACAGAUGAAAAUGUGACAAAGGUACUUCACUCACAAAUGAGAGAUCCAAUCUGUGCACAACUUAAGUUACAAAUUUUAGACGAAUGGCCUGUAAAAUCAAGUUUACCUAAUGAGAUUCAAGAGUACUUUAAUGUGAAAGACGAGUUAAGUUGUAUUGAUGGGCUAUUGCUUCGAGGAACUCGGAUGAUAAUACCUCAAGAACUACGAGCGGAAAUGCUCGAGAGGCUUCACAGUGGACACUUGGGAAUCACAAAAACAAGGAAACGUGCUUUGGGAACCAUGUGGUGGCCUGGAAUUUCUCAAGAAAUAGAAAGGAAAAUCAAAUCGUGUCCAGUGUGUAUUCAGAACUCAACUAAUCACAGUGAACCAUUGAUUCCGAGAACUGUCCCGGAUUACCCGUGGCAAAAUGUGUCUGUUGACUUGUUCAAACACGAAGACAAGUGGUAUAUGGUUAUCGUGGAUCACUACUCAAGAUACUUUGAAGUCGAGGAAAUGCAUCGAAUGAGGGCUUCAGAUGUGAUUCGGGUUUGCAAAACCACAUUUUCACGUUUUGGAAUUCCUCAACGUGUUUAUUCAGAUAGUGGGACACAAUUUCACCAUAUUGACUCAAGUGAAUUUAAAUUGUUUGCAAAGGAGUGGGGGUUCUCCACAUUCAGAAGUAGUCCCCACCACCAUCAGGGAAAUGGGGCAGCUGAAGCAGCUGUGAAAGUAGCAAAAGGGCUAAUGAAGAAAAACAAGGAUAAAUUUGAACUUGCCCUACUUUCUUACCGGACCUCACCUCUUGAAACCGGCUUUUCCCCAUCUGAACUUAUGUUUGGAAGGAAAUUAAGAGACAAUCUUCCAUCUACUUUGGUUGGAAAUCCUGUGGAAAAUAAGAAUUUUCUUGAGAGGGAGAAUAAGUACCAGAAUAAGUACAAGAUACAAUUUGAUAAACGACAUGGAGCGAGUGGUUUAAGUGAAUUAGAAGUUGGAAGCAUGGUAUGGAUCACAGAUCUACGUCGACACGGUAAGGUAGUCAGGAAAUUGAACGAACCACGUUCCUACCUUGUGGAAACUGACAAGAGAACUAUUCGCCGAAACAGGAAGUUCUUAGUUCAUGCACCGUACUACGGAGGAGAUGGAAAUCUUUCAAACUGUUCAUCCAUGGUCCUUAAUCGUCCAUGCAACUCACGUGAUCGUCCAGGAGCUGGCACAGUAACCCGUUACGGAAGGUCCAUUAAGAAACCGAGGCGGUACUGA